AGCUACAUCUUGUCUACUACAGCACCGUCCGCCGGCCAUGGCCUGCAAUCGGCCAAACACGGGGCCACGAAGCGCAGGUGUGAAGAGACGCUGGUCCGUUGGUAGCGAGCGAUCGCGCAAGAGUGCACGCUUAGAAGAGAUCCGCCAGAACAGCAGCCAGACUGCGCACACUCCUCAAGAAGCCCUCCCCCGGAAGCGGACACGAACCGACGCGAGCCCACAGGAUGAUCAGGUGGAACAGCUUCGUAAAAGGGCGAAGAUCGAGUGCGCUGAGGAGAUCAGCACGGGCGAGGAAGACCUCGACCCGAUAGCAUAUUGGAGCCAGCACCAUCGGUGGCCUGAUAAGUACUUGGAGGCGUGCGACCCUAUGGCCAACAUACUUGCGCGGAAGAGGUCAACGAGCUCGAGAAGCAGGAAAACCUCAUGGGUGGACCUGGUGACUGCCAGUUCAAUUACCCCAAGCGAUCAGAAGCCAAGAGAGGAGAAGAGCGCCGAUUACAAAACCGUCCGCUAUGAAACUGUGCUAGCCACAAAGGGAAUUUUUAUGGAAAGGUCAAAACUUGGCGUUGCGGAAUCGAGCAGGACGCUGUGCCAGGAUCUUCUGGCCAAUGACCAAACUCUCCCUAAAGAGUCUUUAUUUGACGACGACCUAUUUGAAGAAACUUGUCGGAUGGUGCGAGGCAGGAACGAGGCGAAGAUCAUUCAAGAUAUUACCCGUCUGGUUGUUCCUUCGGCGCAAGUUUUAGCUAUGCGGAGCGGAGGGCAGCUUACAGGACUUAUUGAGAGCGUUAACGAAGGGUGGAAUAACUGCAUCUCGAUAACGAAGACGCGACCACAGCCAGACUACGCAGUUGGCUUCAGACGGGAGGCGUUCACGCAGACGCAGCUAGACCGAAUGCAGCCUGUUGUUGGCGAUCUCAUGGAUCAGUCUUACUUUAUGGCUACUUACUAUAUGUACUUCCCCUUCCUAACAUGUGAGGUUAAGUGCGGCGAUACAGGAUUCGAUAUCGCAGAUCGUCAGAACGCCCACAGUAUGACUAUCGCGGUACGAGCUGUAGUAGAGCUAUUUAGAGCUGUCAAACGCGAAAAAGAGCUUCAUCGGGAGAUUCUCGCUUUCUCGAUCUCGCAUGAUAAUGAGAAUGUCAGGAUCUAUGGCCAUUACGCUGAGGUCGAUGAGCGAGAGCCGAAGUACUACCGCCAUCCAAUUCGCCAAUUCAACUUUACGGAACUAGAUGGCAGAGAGAAAUGGACCGCAUACAAGUUCACAAAGAGCAUAUAUAAUAGCUGGAUGCCGGUACACUUCCAGAGGAUCUGCUCGGCCAUCGAUGACAUUCCCGCAGACGUAAGCUUUGCAUUGUCAGGGUCGGACCUUCAUUUUACGGAGCAAUCGGGACUAUCGCAGGACGUCAGCGCACACAGUAUUGCCUCGUCAAGCGUAGACUCCAGAUCAGUACAGGCACAAGACACACAUUCAAGCGCUGUCGACAAUCCGUCUGGCACCCCGAGCACUUCAUUGGACGGAGGAGUGUUCAAGAAACCGAGAAGGGAUCGUGAUCGAGGGCAGAAGUAAACAGGUACUAGUAAGAAUUACCGAGAACGAUCAAUCAAUUCAUUUGCAUAUCAAUACCUCUCUCAGUGCGAGUCUACUCGAGAAGCAGGAGCAGGCGGGCUCCAAGUCUCAACCAUUGCUUUGUACGAAGCCUUGACUUUAAGCCCUGCCUAUACACUCGUACCCUGAUAGCGGAGCGCAUUGUCAUUUGUCAGAUCGAGCCGCGACAGCCUGCGAAUUGAAACUGUUUGAUCACCUUUUGCAUCAACAUUUCUGAGGUGCUCUUCGCCAGGGGUUUGCCUUUGUUCGCGGAAUGAUAUGAGCCAGAAUGCCGCCAAGCGGG